GAACAAUUGAGCGGCGUGUAGAGUAAGUCGUCUGUGAAGACCGGAGAGAAUUGCAGUAACAGGACGAAGGACGGAGUCAACAGCAGCAGUCGCCGCCAGUGACGUGGCAGGUGCGUAAUGCGCACGGUGCGUAGACCAGACAACACCCCAGCCAAUGACACUACCAUAGCUUCUUCGCAUUCCAUUACCGAGCCAUGUCGCUGCCCAAUUCUAGGGUUCCUCUUCUCCUUUUUAUCUCUUCCAUAUUCUUCGCCUCUUUUCCAGGGUUGAUGUUGUGUGCAGUUGUGUCGCUGAGUUCAAUUGAGAUCUAUAAAACACACGAAUGGCUCAAAGCCACUUCAACUGUGUAUUUCCUAUGCAAAGGGAGAGAAGAGAACAAGACGGUGCUUCCGGAUGUUAAGAAACCUCACGUCAUUUAUGCUUUCAAUGGUCAAGAAUCUUGGCAGCCUUUAACCAACUUUUCAAGUAAACAAUGCAAGCGGUGUGGACUGUAUGAGGAGGACAGCAUUACUUCAGAUGAUGUAUUUGACGAAUGGGAGUUUUGUCCUUCUGACUUUGCUGCGCGAGAUGGUGAAUACAUUCGAUUCAAAGAAAAGGAAUUCAAUGCUACUUUUCUGUGCCGAGAGUGCUUAUCUCUAGCGCGGGUCCCUGGCGCUUCUGAUGAGCACGAUAAUGGAAAAGGAAUGCAUAUAGCAGUCGGGGUUUUGCUUAGUGCUUUGGUCUCAAUUAUACUGGUGCUUGGAUUGGUGGGUGCAUAUAAGUUCUGGCAAAAGAAGAUAAGGGAACAGGACCAGGCUCGGUUUUUGAAGUUGUUUGAAGAUGGAGAUGACAUUGGAGAUGAGCUGGGCCUUGAUACUGUGAUAUGAUAUAAAGAUAGUAAACAAAAUACUCCGUACAGUAUAGGUCAACCUCAAAAUAUUGUUUUAUGGAAAGGAUUAGAAAUUAUUUUCUUCUGAUUGAGAUGCAAUUAUCACGAUUCAUAGGAGAUGCUUAUCAAAGCGAAAAUAAAGAUGCCCAUGUUCACAUCCACCUGUACAUAUAACGUUGGGCUAUGUUGUAAUUCUAAUUAAGAUUUGCAGAGCAAUCUAAUAGAAACAAAUAAGCAAAAUAAAU